AUGGAUUCGGUUGCUAUGCACAACGGGGCAGGCGAAAACCAAUUGGGGCAGAGAACUACCACUUCUCACAUUCUAUGCCAGGUGAUUCGACCUUGCGCGGCUUUUGAAAAGAUGAGAACCCUUGGAUCACCUCUCAGUCCCCAACCCAUAGUAGAAAUAGUUUCUACCAGACGGUUGGAUGGUAGAAAGUGCAUACAUGGAGUCGGGAACACAAAACUUGCAUCCAUAAAGAAUCAAAUAUUAUGA